AUGCAAAAUUAUUUGAAAAGAAAUUGGGAGACGAUGCUUCAUUUGCUGAAGGGAAAUAUUGGUACAGGCCUAUUCGCUAUGCCAGGUGCGUUUCAAAAUGCCGGAUUGUGGACGGGAAGCGUACUAACAAUCAUUACGGCCUACAUAUGUACCCACUGCAUGCAUAUUCUGGUGACAACAGCUGCCAUACUGAAAAAGAGAAAAGGACAUGAAGUUUCCGUUUCAUACGCAGACGUGACAGAAACGGCCUUUCAAACAGGAUCGCAGCAAUUUGUAAAACAUGCAAAAUUAGCUAGGGUCCUGGUGAACCUAUUUAUCUGCAUUACACAGUUGGGAUUUUGCUGCGUUUACCUGGUGUUUGCCAGCACAAAUUUGAAGCAGGUUGUCGAUUACUACGCACCCCACCUACAAUGGGACGUCCGGAAAUUUAUGUGCCUCGUCACAAUUCCUCUCAUUUUCCUCAAUUGGUUACGUGACUUGAAACUCUUGGCGCCUGUUUCAUUACUUGCUAAUAUCUUGCAGUCAAGUAGCAUCGUCAUUGUCUUUUACUACAUCGCUCGAGACGGUCUGCCCCCCAUGGCUUCCACACCAGCUUUCAACAACUGGAUAGGAGUUUCACUUUUUUUUGGGACGGUCGUUUUCUCGUUCGAAGGCAUCGGCCUUAUUUUGCCCAUUCAAAAAGAUAUGCGUCAUCCGCGGGAUUUCGAGGGCUGGAACGGAAUCCUCAACGUAGCAAUGGUUCUCGUGACUUGCCUAGCAUUAGAGAUGGGCUUUUAUGGUUACCUCAAAUAUGGAGCUGAAAUUCAAGGAUCCAUUACGCUUAAUCUCCCGCAAGAUGAAAUAUUGGCUCGGCUGGUGAAAGUUUUUAUGGUUUUGGCCAUUUUCGGAAGUUAUACCAUGCAAUUUUACGUUCCCAUUCCAAUAUUAUGGCCCGUGUUGGAGAAGAAAAUAGAAACAUUCAACAAGCAUCCGCUAGUAUCUGAACUGGUGUUUAGAACUUUAUUGGUUUUGCUUACUCUCUGUCUGGCUGCUGCAAUUCCCAAAAUUGAUCUGUACAUCUCGCUUGUUGGAGCAAUGACUGGCUCAUUAUUGGCCUUAAUCUUUCCGCCGAUAUUGGAGAUUGUAACUCGCUGGCCUGGUGUUAGCAAAAUGGUUAUUGUCAAGAAUUUCCUGAUUGUAAUUUUUGGUUUGACUGGCUUUACAUCUGGUACAUACGCCUCCAUCAAGCAAAUUUUAUCUGCUACCACAUGAU